CUAUUCCUCCCCCACUGACACCAAUGAUGGGGCACUGUUCCUCCCCCACUGACACCAACGAUGAGGCACUAUUCCUCCUCCACACUGACACCAAUGAUGGGGCACUGUUCCUCCUCCACACUGACACCAAUGAUGGGGCACUAUUCCUCCCACUGACUAAUGAUGGGGCACUAUUCCUCCCACUGAUACCAAUGAUGGGGUGCUAUUCCUCCCACUGAUACAAAUGAUGAGGCACUAUUCCUCCCACUGACACUAAUGAUGGGGCACUAUUUCAUCCACUGACACCAAUGAUGGGGCACUAUUCCUCCCACUGACACUAAUGAUGGGACACUAUUCCUCACACACUGACACUACUGAUGGGGCACCAUUAGUGUCAGUGGGAGGAGUAGUGCCUCAUCAUUGGUAUCAGUGGGAGGAAUCAUGCCCCAUCCCCAUCAUUGGAAUACCAUACUGAAAUACCAUACCAUAUUGAAAUCAAAUCUGAUG